CGUUUGUUAGCAGGUGGUUAAAUUUGCGGUAAAGACAUAACCAUAGUCUGAACCCCUCUCUGAGAGAAAAACUCAACCUCAUCAAUCAUCUACACAUUCCUGACCUUGAUAAUCUUGUGUAUCUUGAUUGCAUCGUGGAGUGAAGUUAGAAGAAGACCAUCUUAAACACAACCUGACACUUUCACAGGGGUCUAGAUACAACAAAAGGAUCGUUCGUGUUUGGUUUCCCGGCAUGUAUACACACCCAUACAAUUCUUUCCAAUUUCCCACGUAUUGCAGCAACAGGUGUGCCACAUCCAGGCAAUCAUGUCGGCACCGAAGGAUAUAGAGAAGAAUGGUGGCCAUCAACCUGGUACUGAUAGCUAUGACGCCACGAAUACCAUGACUACCACCAACACUAUUCCAGAACCAGUCCCCGGCGAACCACUCGAGUUGAGUCCUUCGAAACAUGCCGCUGGAAACUCAUUUCUCUCAAGAACAAUCUCGCGAGUACGCACCAAGGACAGUAUCGAUCCCGGUCCACCUCCAGACGGCGGUACCCAUGCAUGGUUCAUGGCGUGUCUCGCCCAUCUCGUCAUUUUCAACAUCUGGGGCCUGGUCAACAGUUUCGGCAUUUUCCAAGUCUACUACGUCCAGGUAAUGCAGAUUGGAGAUGAGAGUUCAGUGGCAUGGAUCGGCACGGUGCAGACGUUUGUGCUCUAUCUUAUAGGCACAUUCUCAGGACGUGGUUUGGAUGCCGGUUUCUUCAGCGUGCAGAUGUGGGUUGGAAGUCUGCUUUAUGUGCUAGGCAUGUUUUUGUUGAGUCUGUGUACCACCUACUGGCAGGUUUUUCUCGCACAGGCCAUUUGCAUGGGAAUUGGGUAUGGCAUGGUGUUUGUUCCGACUUUGGCGUUGACAAGUACAUAUUUCUUGAAAAGAAGGAGUAUUGCAUUGGCUAUUGCGGUCACGGGGUCUUGUUCGGGUGGUUUAGUUUUCCCGGCCAUCGCGGAAAGAAUGUUGCCUAGAGCUGGAUUUGGUUGGACAGUUCGUACAAUGGCUUUUGUGAUGCUGGUUUUAGCUAUCAUAUCUGCGAGUUUUCUCAAGCCACGAUUGCCACCUCGAAAGAGCGGCCCAAUUGUCGAGUGGGCGGCGUUCAAGGAAGGCCCUUAUGCUAUUUACGUGUUGGGCGGGUUCUUGUACUUCUGGAGUGUGUACAUUGGCUUUUACUUUGUGGGCAGUUUCGGCAGAGAUGCGCUUGGGACAAGCCAGUCAACGAGUCUCAGUCUGAUCAUGGUGCUCAACGGAGUGGGUUUGGUUGGACGAGUGUUGCCCAACUAUGCCGCACAGCAAUGGUUCGGACCGCUCAACACCGUCAUUCCCAUCACCUUUGCGGCGUCCAUUGUCUUGUUCAGUUGGAUUGCCGUCAACACGGUGACAGGUCUUUGGAUUUUCGCCACGUUUUAUGGCUUGACGGCUGCAGGCAUUCAGGGAUUGUUUCCUGUCGUGCUGACCAGUCUGACGACUGAUCAAAAGAAGGCGGGAGUGAGGGCUGGCAUGGCUUUCAGCGUGGUGGUGAGUUUGUCAGAUGCCUGGCCUCGACCGAAAUCAUAUGCUUACUAUCUUGUCCUAGGGAUUUGCCGUACUCACCGGGGCCCCCAUUGCAGGCGCGUUGAUCGCCCAUGGAGAAGGCUCAUAUUUUGGACUUCAGCUCUUCUCGGCGAUAGUCAUGUUGGCGGCUGCAUGUGUACUGCUCUGGACACGAUAUGCGGUGGUGGGUUGGCAUAAGGGGAUGUUGUGAUGCAUUAAAUAGCGAUCGAGCGAGCGGUCUAUUGGUUUGUCGGUUUGUCGGUCUGUUGUAUAUAUGGGUGUUUGUGUUUAUUAUCAAAUCUCUCAAUCACAUCAAUUGUGAUAUCUUUCCAAAAUGGUAAUCUGUCACGUGAUAUAC